GCAAGUGAGAUGAGGGGGCGGUGGUGGAAACGAUAAGACUGUGCAUGACCCGAUAUUGGACUUACUUUUUGCUUAUCGGUUUAAUUUGAACGCGACCGGUUCAGUGAGGAGAAGCGCAUGCGACGAAUAAUUUAGAAGAAGCACAGCAACAGGGCAUAGUAGAAGAUGCCGCUGAAAAGAGCAGCCCCGCACACGGGGAAGCAAGACUAGCCCCGCACGCCGCAACGCGGAAAACACUUAGAAAGGAGAAUGCGAAUGGUUAGGGGAGAAAGACUGCCAAGAAAAUGGAAACAAUGUAGCAACGCUGCGACAUUCCACGUAGCUAGGACGAACUGGAUAGAAAAUAGAUAGCAAGCUAAUUCGCCGUCAUUCAUGUAAAGUUACUCAUCGUUUAAAGCUCGUGUGUUUAGUUGGCCGAAACAAAAGGAACUGCAAUUCCCCACUGUCUUCCCAAACCAAAGAAGACGAGAAACUGCAAUAUGCUACGAAGAGGACUGAACCGAUUGUGUGGAGGGGAUGAGAAGAGGGUGGACAGCAGGACCAUCUAUGUGGGCACCUGGCAGGGUCCGCCCACCGAGGCCUUCAUCCCCCCCAAAUUCUGUGACAACAGGAUUGUGUCUUCCAAGUACACAGUAUGGAACUUUCUGCCAAAGAACUUGUUCGAGCAGUUCAGGAGAAUUGCCAAUUUCUACUUCCUCAUCAUCUUCCUAGUCCAGGUGAUUGUGGACACCCCCACCAGCCCAGUCACGAGUGGCUUACCUUUGUUUUUUGUGAUCACAGUGACCGCCAUCAAACAGGGCUAUGAGGAUUGGCUGCGGCACAAGGCGGACAAGGAGGUGAAUAAGUACCUAGUGACGGUGCUGGAGAAUGGGGGUAGAGUACGCAAGGAGAGCGAGAAGAUCAAGGUGGGAGAUGUGGUGGAGGUGGUGGAGGACGAGACCUUUCCCUGUGACCUGAUUCUGCUGCAGUCCAGUCGGGACACCGACACCUGCUUCGUCACCACAGCCAGCCUGGACGGAGAGUCCAACCACAAGACACAUUACACAGUGCCAGACACGGACAAGGAGCUGGAGCAUCUCAGCGCCACCAUCGAGUGUGAACAGCCACAGCCUGACCUCUACAAGUUCAAUGGUCGAAUGCACAUCUACAAAACUGACCAGGAGACCCUUGUAAGGUCACUGGGGCCAGAGAACCUGCUCCUGAAAGGCGCCACAUUAAAGAACACGGAGAAGAUUUGCGGCGUAGCUGUGUACACCGGCAUGGAGACCAAGAUGGCACUCAACUAUCAGGGCAAGUCCCAGAAGCGCUCUGCUGUGGAGAAGUCCAUCAACGGCUUCCUGCUGGUGUACCUGUGCAUCCUGAUCAGCAAGGCGCUGGUGUGCACCACGCUCAAGUACUGGUGGCAGAGCAAGGAGGGGCAGGACGAGCCCUGGUACAACCACAAGACCCAGAAGGAGAGGGACACCAACAGGUUCCUCAAGAUGUUUACAGACUUCCUGUCCUUCAUGGUGCUGUUCAACUUCAUCAUCCCCGUGUCCAUGUAUGUCACCGUGGAGAUGCAGAAGUUCCUGGGCUCCUUCUUCAUCACCUGGGACAGCGACUUCUACGACCCCGAGAUAAACGAGGGCGCGCUGGUCAACACCUCCGACCUCAACGAGGAGCUGGGCCAGGUGGAGUACGUGUUCACAGACAAGACGGGCACGCUGACCCAGAACAACAUGGAGUUCAUCGAGUGCUGCAUCGACGGCUUCCAGUACAAGAACCGCGACUCCUCCUCCGAGCUAGACGGCUUCUGCGUCACCGACGGGCCUGUCAGCAAGCUGCAGCAGAAAGCUGGACGGGAGAAGGAGGAGCUGUUCCUGCGGGCGCUGUGCCUGUGCCACACGGUGCAGGUGAAGGAGUCGGGGCCGGACGAGCUGACGGAGGUGGACCAGGUGGACGGGCUGGACCGUCCGCUCACUCAUGCCCAGGAGGAGCGGGGCUUCAUCGCCUCCUCCCCAGACGAGGUGGCCCUGGUGAAGGGAGCCAUGAAGUAUGGUUUCACCUUCCUUGGUCUCGAGAGCAAGACAAUGAAGAUCAAAAACAGACAGAACAACAUUGAAUCGUAUGAGUUACUGCAUGUGCUGAACUUUGACCCCGUGAGGAGACGUAUGAGUGUCAUCGUGCGAAACAAAACAGGGGAGACGCUGCUCUUCUGUAAGGGGGCCGACUCCUCCAUCUUUCCCCGGGUGAGGCAGGAGGAGGUGGAUCGCAUCCGCACACACGUGGAGCGCAAUGCCACGGACGGCUACCGGACCUUGUGUGUGGCCUACAAGACGCUGGGUGCGGAGGAGUUUGCGGCGACGGAGGAGCGUCUGAAGGAGGCUCGCCUGGCGCUGCAGGACCGCGAGGAGAAGCUCACGGCCGUCUACAACCAGGUGGAGAAGGACCUGACCCUCAUCGGAGCCACCGCCGUGGAGGACAGACUGCAGGAGGAGGCGGCGGAGACCAUGGAGGCGCUGCAGGGGGCGGGCAUGAAGGUGUGGGUGCUGACGGGCGACAAGAUGGAGACGGCCAAGUCCACGUGCUACGCCUGCCGCCUGUUCCAGCGCGGCACAGAGCUGCUGGAGCUGACGGUGCGCACCCUGGAGGGCGGCGGCAGAGAGCAGCGGCUGCACGAGUUACUGCUGGACUACCACAAGAGAGCCGUGCAGGACGCACCGCCCCCCAAGCCUGGCGUCACCAGGGGUUGGACCACUGCAAGCCAGGAGUUCGGCUUCAUCAUUGAUGGAGCGACGCUGUCCCUGGUGCUGAACCCGUCUGGUGCAAACUCCAACUACAAGAACCUCUUCCUGCAGAUCUGCCAGAACUGCUGCGCUGUGCUCUGCUGCCGCAUGGCUCCCCUGCAAAAGGCUCAGAUUGUAAGAAUGGUGAAGAACUCCAAAGGCUCACCCAUAACCCUGUCCAUUGGUGAUGGGGCCAAUGAUGUCAGCAUGAUCCUGGAGGCACACGUGGGCAUUGGUAUAAAGGGGAAGGAGGGGCGCCAGGCGGUGCGGAACAGUGACUAUGCCAUCCCUAAAGUCAAGCACUUAAAGAAGCUGCUGCUGGCCCACGGGCACCUGUACUAUGUGCGCAUCGCCCACCUGGUCCAGUACUUCUUCUACAAGAACCUAUGCUUCAUCUUACCUCAGUUCUUGUACCAGUUCUUCUGCGGCUUCUCCCAGCAGCCCCUGUACGACGCAGCCUAUCUGACGAUGUACAACAUCUGCUUCACCUCCAUGCCCAUCCUGGCCUUCAGCCUCUUGGAGCAGCACAUCUGCAUCGAGGUCCUCAUGGACAACGCUUCCCUCUACAGGGAGGUCGCUAAGAACGCUAUGCUGCGCGUGUGGCCCUUCUUGUCCUGGACCAUACUAGGGGUCUUCCAAGGCCUGAUGUUCUUCUUUGGGGUCCGACUCCUCUUCAGCAACCCAGCCCUGCAGGACAACGGCCAGGUGUUUGGGAACUGGUCCUACGGGACCAUUGUGUUUACCGUCCUUGUGUUCACAGUCACCCUCAAGCUGGCGCUGGACACGCGGCACUGGACCUGGAUUAACCACUUUGUCAUCUGGGGCUCUCUGGCCUUCUACGUGUUCUUCAGCUUCUUCUGGGGGGGCAUCAUAUGGCCGUUUCUGAAGCAGCAGCGGCUGUACUUUGUGUUUGCUAACAUGCUGAGUUCGGUGUCGGCCUGGCUGGUCAUCAUCCUCCUCAUUCUGCUCUGCCUGCUGCCCGACGUCCUGCAGCUGAUCUUCCGCAAGCCCAAGAGCCAUGCGCGACAGAAGAAGCCGAGGCCGUCGGCCUCCCCGUCUCCCCGGGCCUCAGCCAGACCCCUGCUCAUGAGAACCUUUUCAGACGAGUCCAAUACUGUCUUAUGACCAGCUGUCAGAGGACUCGCUCUACCACCCGGACAGAAGGUUGCUGCGAUCACACCUAUCUCCUACAAGCACCUAAAGGAGCGGGACUGAAAAGGGUUUGUGAAGACCCCAGCAGCUGCCCACUCUUCUGCCUGAUCCAAAAAGGCAAAAGAAAACCAGGAAACAGAUCUGAGGAGGAAGACUUAGAAAAAGAAAGAAUGAAAAUUAAAAAAGGACAAGACAAAACAGCAGGCUUUUCCAGGCCUACUCCGUUACACAUGUCUGCUCUCCUCUCCUCUCCCCCCCCCCUCUCUCUCCCUCUCUUUCUCUCGUUCCUCAGCAUGUCUCUGUCCAGAGCAUACUGUGUGCAGGGUCUCUCCGCACGUGGCUUUGUUUGUCAGUGUUUUUUCUACCGAUUUUUUACUGAGCGUUUCACACCAAGGGGAAGCAUGACGUUUUCAUUUUCUCUCGUCUCCGCCAUACUUGCCCCCUGACGUGAACCCCCCCCCCCCCCACUCCUCUGCCCUUCCCUGAAUGCCACUGCACUGGAGAUGACCGCAGCUCCAGAUGAGCGAGCUGCCAUGCUGGACGCAGACACAGCACUGCUGCCCCAGUGGGGACCCUCCACCCCGAGCCGUCCGCACCCCCCUCCCGCAUGAAGGGUGGGCCAGAGCCCCCCCGACCCCCCCAGAUCCUGCCCCCAUAGAGGAAUACUACAUUCCAUCUUGUCUACCAGAGAAUCCAGUUCCAGCUCUGUCUGAGCUCAUUCAAAAGGCUUUGUUGUGUUUAGCUCUUUUCUUUCUUGGUCCAAGAGCACCAACUCCACCCCCCCACACCUCCCACACCUCCCACCAUAGCUCUUCCGUGUGUGUGUGUGUGUAUGUGUGUGUGUGCAUUUGUGUGUGUGUGUGUGUGUGUGUUUUGCAUUUGGGUUUCCCUGCCCCUUGGCCAGAGAGGGCCGCACGUAGAGCUCUCUGUGAAGAUGCUGCAUCGGGGGCCUCGACCCUGUGGGUUCAAAAGCUGCCUUUCAACAACAUGCCGUGUCUUAAAGUGCAUCGACCGCUUCCUCGCUCACUCACUCGGGAUCAACGAGAGCAGAGGCUCAAGCUUAGGGUGCCAUGUCCCUCGUUACCCUCUUACUUAUGUUACCCCAAUCCCAAUCCCAAUCGUGUGUGUGCUUGGUUGGGCAUGUGUGUGUGCUUGGGAAAAGUAAAAGAAGUGAACGAGACAUUUUUCCCCCCCCGGUCCCCCAGAAUUGUUUUAGUGUAUUAGCUUGUUUUGUUUCUCUUUUAUUGGGUGUUUAUGUUUAGGCUAUCUAGAGAUGGAUUAAGAAUGAAAUUCUAUGAAAUAUGUUCUAUACAAAGUCAAAGUGAUUAUUUAUAUAAAUAUAUUGUCGCUUAAAGCCAAAAAAAAAUGUGUUUUCAGGAUGUGGGGUUCAGGUAUAAGUGAUAUUUAGUACAAGAGACAAGUUACUAUUAGAGAGAGAGUGUGAGUGUGAGUGUGAGUGUGAGUGUGUGUGUGUGUGUGUGUGUGUGUGUGUGUGUGUGUGUGUGUGUGUGUGUGUGUGUGUGUGUGUGUGUGUGUGUGUGUGUGUGUGUGUGAGAGAGCAAGAGAAUGUGUGACAUAGAGACUGUGCGCCCCCUAGUGUGUGAGAGAGGACAGGAGGCUGUGCUGAAAGAGAUCCUGUUUCACUCUGAGCCAUGACAUCAGGGCCAGUCUACCAGCCCUGCCAUUGUGUGACCCCAGCAGGCCACCUGCACUCCCCCACUCACACAACCCCCCCCCCCCCCCCUCACUCACGCACUCACUCACACGCACGCAUGCCACAAAAGAGGCACAUGUUUAUGACAUGCACACACUCAUACUGUAUGCACUCACGCACAUAGACAUGCACGUCCAUGUUUUGUUACAGUGGCUUUGCUGAGGCUGGAGAUCGUAUCGCUCUCCCGGAACUCAGAAAAGUGCCAACUCACGAGCUGCCCCCACACAUGCCCAGAGGCGGUGCCACCGCGGGGCCACGUCGCAAGCACACUGCGACUGCCCACCUUGGACCUCAUCACCCCCUCACCACUGACCGGUCCACAUGGGCUGGACCCGCAGCUCUGACCUGUGCUUUCUCCCAUGGGUUCCCACAGUAUAUUUCCCUCCAUAGAUAAGAGCUUCAUACAUUCCAUCUCAACAUUGCCAUUUCAAUCACUUUUCUAAAAAAAAAAACAAAUCUAUUUACGGAAUGACUUGUUAUUUGACUUGUGUGAUUUUUUCUCUCUGAACAUUGUAUUUAUUGUUAACGUAAUUUUACUCACAAAAAAAAAUUGCUCUAUUUUUAUGACAUGAAUCCUUUGAUCCAUUAAAUCCAUUUUUAGUCAACUGUUAUCAUUUUGUGCCAGUUAGGUCCACCUGUGUCCUAUCCAAGGUGACCACAGAUGGAGGUUGUUUUGUUUUCUUGCCUGAACCGAGCGCCCCACGCUCCACGCCCCUCUCCCCUCUCCACCAGUGAUGGGCUGAGAUCUGUGCUCCUCAGGGUCCCGUCGCAGCAUGUGUCUCAGAGGAGCAGCAGCGCUGGUCUGAGAUCAGCGUAGCCCCUUUCGCUCGCCAGGAGCUGGGUACGGGUAUAGACUAGAAAACAGCUGAUCUCAACGCAGCCGCUGAGCCGUGCUCCGAGAGCGCGCAGCCCACAGACCAAUGUGUCAGACCUGAGCGAGGACCUGACUGUGUGUUGGCCAGUCCCUUUAAUGAGCGCCAUGUCCGUCUGCGCCAUCUGCCUUUUCUGUGUCCCUAAAAGUAGCUCAAACUGAGCGUCAUGACCAUAACCCCCCUUCCCCCCACCCCCCACCCCCCACUCCACUCCACUCCAGUUCUGGCAUGCUUACGUGAAUGAACAUGUGACUGAAAAAAAAUGUAUGUUUCUCGAGCAUAUCAAAAGCAACACAGCUCUUUAUGAAUGUUACUGCUAGUCCGGUUUCAGAGCAGCGAGCCGUGUGUGGCCGUGCCGCCGUCAGUGGACAGUGGUUGCAGGACGGCAGGUGGCCAGCACCCCGUGGGCGUGUCCUGAUGCCAUGCAUCUGGCGCCCCACCCAGACCUCUCUGGCUUUGGACCCUGUCACCUGUGGGCCCUCUAUGUCCUGUAGGCCACAGCAGGGUCGCCUGUCCCCCCUCUCCCCAUAUAACACACUCUGCUGGCAGAUUUUAUAGACGGGGACAACUGUAGCCCUGGGUUGUGUGGUGGUUGGAUCACAAUGUUGUCCAGGGAUACUUUUGAUCUGUGUCUUGGGAUCCAGCCUCAGAUUUGUAGGUGAUUCAUCUAUCAGAGGAAAACCAUAUUUUAAAAAGAGCUAUAGAUUGCUAAAGAGCUAUAUUGUCAUUUUUUAAAAUUGAAUUUCUUCUAAGAGACGGGAAAGCAUUUUACAGUGAGACUAUACGUCUGUAAAAGAGGUUGUUGAGGCAAAGCCAAACUCGCUUGCACCUAAGAGUGCAGUGGGUGUUCCGUUUAGUGGUAGCUGUCAUGGGUCAAAGCAAAGGACAGAUGCAGGUUUGUUUGUUUAAUUUAUGAGAUUUAUGCACUAAAAUUUAAGAUGUGUUUAUCCUUUACGAGCAAUGAAGUCUAUUGUGAUUUUUCAGAAUUAGUGAUUCAUGCAAGCGAGGCUUUGUCAGUACUGUAUAUGGGGCAAUAUUUUACGAAACCCCCCAACACUGAUACCUUGUACAUGCUGAUGUGAGCUUGGUCAAGCACUGACACCAUCACCAGAGUGUGGCGAAGUAGUCUGGGGGUCGGGGUAGAGUGGGGGACCUGCCUGCAUUGUUACAAGUCUACAAGUGAAGCAAACCUUUAAAUGACAUCAGAGAUGCUAUUUUCAGAGCUUAAAAAAAAGAAAAAAUAUCUUGGAUUCUCAUAUUUGCCUGUCUACAAAGAAAUGAAAAUGAUUUGAUUGUAUUUUUAAUGCAACCUUUUCCAGCCACUUUUGUAAUAAAAUGGAAAUGUCCAAAAAAAGGAAGAAUAAAACCAUGGAACUAAAAGGCUACCUGGUAGAAGAAGAGCUGAGACAUAACUGGGGUGUGGUGCUGUGCUGAACAGCGGGCACAAACGAGGACAGCCCUGCACCCUGGGCAAGGACCCCCCCACCUCCCCUUUACAUCUGGAGCGUUCAGUGGCCAGCCUUCUGAUCUGAAUGUACCUCUUUAAAAGACCAGUUUGUUCCAAAUCAGAAAUUCUUUCUGUAAUAAAAUUGUUUUGCAAACAGAGCA